UUAUAGUGCCGGCAGUGAUCUUUUCUCAAGAUCAUUAUCAAAGUGAUUAUGGGUUCAUAACUAACUUUAAAGGACAGUCCAGAUCAGAGUUGACAAUGGCUAUCAAUCUAAUUGUAACGAUGUCAUUAAUCAAUUUAAAUUAUAGGAAAAGUGUUUCCCACGCUGAGAACACAAGAAGCCUAUCCUGCUCUGUGCAUGUCACCAGGUUGUUGUAAGAAAGCGCCACUCACUCACAAUAGGCGUGGUUUAAUCGCUCAGGGCAGAAUAAGGUGAAUUUGGUUCACUAAACGCCUCAGUAUCCCGGUUGAAGGUUAACGCUUCGGAUGCGCACACUGCGGAGAGGAAAGAUCCAACCAUGAUGCUAGCUCCACUGAAGUCCGUCCUCGCUCUUGAGGACCGACGGGAAACGUCGCUGGCCUUACCGUCAAGUAAUCAAUUCGGUUCCGGUCGGCAGCGCGUCCUCGACCAAGUUCAAACCAUCAAGAGAACCAAGUCGAGAAACACCAUCAAAAGUUCCUCGGGAUCAAUUUCUCCUGCGAGUCCUAUAUAUAACUAUACAGGACUCUUCACCAAGUCCUUCAAAUCACUGCCGGACACGCUCAAUGGAAAUUACUAUUUCCCACCAACCUUUUCUGCAAACGGCGUCUCAAAAACGGGCUCGUCCACGCGGAAGCUUGCCCGCAACAGCAGCCAAUGGGACGGCACCCUGACCUCCCCCCACCCUCUCACGAUGGGCCAGGUCAACAGCAGUCGCAGUGAGCCAGACCUAGGGCGGUUCCCUCGGGCAAGGCGCCCAGCAGCCAGCCAGCAGGCUCGGGUCAACCGCUCUUCCGCCCACCUGGACCAGAAGAGAUCCACUCUGGUGGCCACCAACAGGAACUCUCGCCUGGUGGAUGUGUGGGCGGUGGAGGGCGGGGGCCUGGUCAAGGUGGACCGGCAGCUGGUCUCCAGUCAGAAGCCUGUGGAGAGAGUCCUGUCCAAACAUUCUGUGGUGGACACCAAGACUUCUGGAACUAAGAGCAAGGAUGCACAAAACAUCAAGAUGAAGGACCUCACCAUGAAGGAGGCCGUGGACUUCCUGUACAGUGGAGAUGAGAACUACCAGCACUGUGGGGCAUCCUUCAUCCAGCACAACACCUUCACUGAGGACAAGGCCAAGCAGGAGGUGCGGACGUUGAAGGGUAUCGCCCCCCUGGUGGCCCUGCUGCGCAGCCCCAAUGAGCAGGUCCAGCAGACCGCGUCCGCCGCCCUCAGGAACCUGGCCUUCAAAGACAGCAGCAACAAGGAGGAGGUCCAGCGCUGCGGGGGAGUCAACGAGGCCCUGGCUGUGCUCAGACAGACACCGUCCUCAGAGACGCAGAAACACCUCACAGGCCUGCUGUGGAACCUGUCCUCUGUUGAUGACGUGAAGCCAGAGCUGGUGGACAACGCUCUGCCAGUCCUCAUGGAGACCGUGGUGCUGCCGUUCACCGGCCAAUCAGACCAGCUCACCAUCAUGGACCCCGAGGUGUUCUACCAUAGCACCGGCUGCCUCAGGAACCUGAGCUGUGCCAAGCAGAACAACAGGCAGGCCAUGCGGAAGUGCCGCGGCCUGGUGGAGUCUCUGCUCAGCUACGUCCAGGACUGUGUGGACGCUGACCGCCCUGACGACAAGUCUGUGGAGAACUGUGUGUGUGUGCUCCACAACCUGACCUUCCAGCUGGAGACGGAGGCUCCGGCCCUGUUCAGCAGGAUCACGGCCCUGGGCAGGCUCCCCUGCAGGGCUAGCAGCCAGGGGGACACCAGCCCCAUCGGCUGCUUCAGCCAGCAGAGCAACAAGCUGGAGCAGGAGAGCCACUUUGACUACCCUGUCCUGGAGGAGCAGCGUCCGUCUGGAGCUGGCUGGCUGCUUCACUCCAAGACUCUCCAGAUGUACCUGUCUCUGCUGGAGUCCAGCCAGAAGGACGACACCCUGGAGGCUUCCUGCGGAGCCCUGCAGAACCUCACCUCCGGCCAGGGCAUAGUGUCCCACGUCAUGAGCCAGACUGUGGUCCAGAAGCUGAACGGUCUGAGAGUCAUCUCCCCUCUGCUGCGCUCACCUAAACCCAGCCUCCAGCGCGGGGCCAUCAGCCUACUGGGGAACCUGGCUCGGAAUCCACGUUUGCACACUGCCAUCGCUCGCCAGUCUCUCCCAGACCUGGCUGGCGUCCUCAGCUCUGGGACCAAGGAGGGGACGGAGUCUGACGACACCCUGGGCGUGGCCUGCCAGACGGCCCACACCCUGAUCCUGAAGGAGUCCGACCUGGGCAAGCGCCUCCUCACCCGACCCCUGGUCGCCUCCCUCAACGACCUGAGCAGGAACAAGUACUUUCCCAAAUCGAGCAAAGCGGCAGCGUUGCUUCUGAACAACCUCUGGUCCGAGAAGGACAUCCAGAGUUUCCUCAAGAAGCAAGGGAUGACCAAGGCUUCUUUUGUGAAUGACAUCACCACAGCUGUCACCAGGUCUGGUCAGCUGUUACAGUAACAGCUGGUCCUGCUCACCACCUGCACAACACCGCACACUCACACAACACAGCCCCCCCUCAACACCGGAGGGGGGGGGGGGGGGGGCAGCACGUAGUGGGGAUGUUGUUGUAGGUGGUUUGGUUGUUUUCUUAAUUGUUUUGUAUGGUAUAUUAAUGGUGUUUUUAAUGUAUGGAAUGUCUGACAUAACUGUUUUUAUGCUGGACUUAUUGCAAAACCAAUUGCCAUUUGGAGACAUAAAUAAAUGAAUGACCAAAACCUACACCACACACCGACUCAACACAACACAACUUACACCCUCACAACCUACA